AGCUCAUUCUAACACGUUCACCCUGCAGCCUGCUCCUUGCCAUCCAGCACACACCCACGGUAACCAAAGGCCACCACCAUGACAAGGGGCCAGGAUGGAACCUGGGAGAUGGAGAGUAAUGACAACUUUGAAGGCUACAUGAAGGCUCUGGAUAUUGAUUUUGCCACCCGCAAGGUCGCCAUCCACCUGACUCAGACGAAGAUCAUCGAGCAAGACGGUGACAAGUUCAAGACAAAAACCAACAGCACGUUCCGAAACUAUAACUUAGAUUUCACAGUCGGGGUGGAGUUUGACGAGUACACGAAGGGCCUGGACAACCGAAAUGUUAAGACUCUGAUCGUCUGGGAAGGUGAUGCCCUCGUGUGCGUGCAGAAGGGGGAAAAGGAGAACCGAGGCUGGAAGCAGUGGGUCGAGGCGGACAAGCUGCACCUGGAGCUGACGUGCGGUGACCAGGUGUGCCAUCAAGUGUUCAAGAAGAAGUGAUGGCUGUGAGAAGGGUCUACCAAGCAUGCUCUCCAUGCUCCCUGUGAAGAGCGCUCUGCUGGCUUUGGGAAGCAGCUGCAGGACCCUCCUACUCCUGAUAGAGCCCAUGGAGGCAUCUGGAUGGGUUUUAAACAGAACGAGUAUGUAACUGUGACAGACAUAGUCACCCUUCCUUGAAAGCUGGCAUUAAA